GAUCUACUAAGACUUGUUGGUCGACUUUGUGGACACAGGGGGCAGCACUGAGUUUGUGAGCACCUUGUGCAACAGAAUGAGGCGAAGAAGUGCUCGCACACGAAAACUCACCCAGGCCUGCUGUGUAAAGGGUAGAUUUAUGCAUUAUUUAAGUGAUUAUGGAGGGGGAUGAGAUGGAGAUGACCAUAGAGGAGCUCCGAACGUGGAUCAGAACGAAGGUAAAGGAGAACAAGCAGAUCUCAGACAUGACAGAGAAAUGCAAUCUGCUGCAAUCCCUGCUGGAAAGGAAGCAGAACCAGGCAAUACACCUCAUGAAGCUCUGCAAGUCUGUUGCGGCAUGUGAAGCAGUUGUAAAGAAGCAAUACUCUUUGCUGGGAUGGGACUACAGAGAAGUAGAAUCUGAUGAUGACGAUGAUAAUAUAACAGGCUGUGGAAAUACGCCAUCUGAGUUUGUUCGUUCUGAGAGUCCAGUCCCCAGCUCGCCAACUACAAGUGGCCCUACUCCUUGGUUACCAAAUCUUAGGGACAGUAAAAACUUCUAUAGAGAUGAUAGCAAAAAAGUCCAUAUCAAUUUAAAGAGACAACCAGUGGUGGUGCUGACCAGACUUUCUCCAAGUAAGAUCAGUUGUUUACGUUCACCAGCGCCUCAGGACUACAACAGUGAAGAUGAAUCCUUAAACAGUUUGGAUUCUGACACACAGUGGGAACCAGAUGAUGACUUCAAUUACUCAGAUUCUUCUAUCUCAAGUUAUGAUACUGGCUCACAGAAAAGGAGAAAAAUAUAUCAAAAGAAUUGGGAUUUUGGAACACCCCAAGUCAGAUCAAAUACUGGCGCUAAGAACUAUGUACCAAAAAGUACCGGUGCUAAGAACUACGCAACAAAAAGUACUGGUGCUAAGAACUAUGCAACAAGAAGUACAGGUGUUAAGAACUACGCGGUAAAAAGUACCGGUGCUUGGAGCUAUGCGGCAAAACGUACCAGUGCUAAGAACUACGCUGCAAAAAGUACCGGUUCUAAGAACUACGCUGCAAAAAGUACCCGUGCUAAGAACUACGCAGCAAAAAGUACUGGUGCUAAGAACUACGCAGCAAAAAGUACUGGUGCUAAGAACUACGCAGCUAAAAGUACUGGUGCUAAGAACUACGCAGCAAAAAGUACUGGUGCUAAGAACUACGCAGCUAAAAGUACCGGUACCAAGAGUAAUGCAGCUAAAAGUACCGGUACCAAGAGUAAUGCAGCAAAAAUAUUAACACUGCAAGCCAAUGUGAAUACCAAGAGCAACACAAUGAACACAUGGACACCGCAAGCAAACACCGAAGGAGCAACAUCUGUGACCAUGGUGUCAACUCUUUGCCAAGACUCAGACAGAGCCAUGGAGACACAAGCUCGUCGUCGUAUGCCAGAAGGAAAGAUCUGCGUGAACAUGAAUGUCCUGGCCAAAAGCAGGGGCAUGGACUGGAAACAGGGGAAAAUAGUGGAAAUAGUAACAAAGGAAGAUGGUAGGUUGAAAUACAAGAUCAGUUUUCAGGAUAACAGGAAGAGCCUAGUCUCUGGUCACCACAUCGCCUUUGACUGCAACCCAAUUGUGGAUCAACUGUUUGUCGGUGCUCGUGUGGUAGUCAAGUGUAAAGAUGUAAAGCCAUGUUUUUUAGCUGGUAUUGUGGCUGAGGUCCCCCAGAAGAAAAACCUCAUGAGGUUUCUGGUCUUUACGGAUGAUCACACACCAAUCUAUGUGGGUUUACCUUCACUUCACCUGGUGUGCAAACCAUUGGCCGACCCUUUGGAUGACAUUCCGAAUGACAUCCAUAAGAAUUUCAUGAAGGAGUAUUUGAAGGUUUGGCCUUACCCACCCAGGAUGCGUUACACGGUUGGAGACAUAAUUAAUGCAGAACUGAAUGGAUUUCAGCAGAAGUGUGAGGUGUUGAAAGUUGACUGCAGCUUGAUAAAGGUCAUUUUUCAGAAAGAUCAACAUAAAGACUGGAUCUACCGAGGUUCCAUACGCUUGGAACACAUAAUUAAUGAGGAGGAGCAUUCAGAGAAGUAAAAGGAGAUUCAUCAACACACUGAUGUGAAUAUCAAUGUGUUAAAAGACCUUGAUGCUGAAUUCCAAGAUGUGACUGUUGUUUACCUGGCACAUACAUGAAAAAACUUCUUCACACUUCUGGAUUUUUGGGCCCUUUAGCUGUCCACACUGGAGUUCCUCUCUAGCUGAGCCUGUUGAGAGCAUGCAUGUUAUAGCAGUCUCUCAAAAACCACUAUGGUUCAAGGGGUUUCUAUUUCCUUUUGUGAAAAUCCCUACAUUUCAUACAUGCUUAUAUUUGUGACCUGCAAUGCCAACUUUGGCCAGGAUGCAAAACAUUUCUUCACAACCCAGUAUGGUUUCUGGGGACUGCGAAGGCAUUCAACAUGGGGUACUGAACUUUCUGCCUUACUGGAGUGGUGCAGAUUUUUAUUAAAAUUAUUAAAUACUGCAUUGUUUUUUUGUAUUACAGUUUGUGUUCUUAAAUAAAGAAUACUCAUUUUAAA